AGAGGGAAGAUAGCCUUUUUCGUGAUGGUCGAAGAUGCAAUGAGGCGUUUAUAAGUUUCACCAUUAUAUUAUUUAAAGUUAUUUAUCAGAAUGACCAUGAUUUCAAAAGCUGCAGUGGGUAUUGCCGUUGGCAUUGCCGGAAUUUUUGUUGGCUAUUGUUUUUAUUUUGAUAAAAAACGCCGUAGUGAUCCAGAUUUUAAAAAGAAACUACGUGAACGAAGACGUGCUAAAAAACAAGCACAGAAAGCAAGUUCUAAGAUACCAGAUCUUAAAGAUCAUGAGACAGUACAGAAAUUCUUCUUGCAAGAGGUACAACUCGGAGAAGAAAUGCUUAUGUAUGGUAAUGUAGAAAGUGGAAUAGAACAUUUAGCCAAUGCAGUUGCAGUUUGUGGCCAACCUAGUCACUUAUUGCAAGUUCUUGAAAAAACACUGCCACCUCAAAUUUUUAAUCUUUUGUUGCAAAGAAUACCAUCUGUUGGCCAUAAGCUAGUUACUCAAACUGCAAUGUCAGAAGAAGAUGUUGAAUAGAAUAUUAUAGAUAAACAUUGGAUUUUUAAAUAAAAUUUGGCAUUAGUAAAAUGUA